CCCGUGCGUACGUGUCGCCUGCUGGUCGCCGCAGGGGUUGUGAGGGGCUCUGCUUUUUAGCAACUGACCCACUGUAGACAGUCAACCACCAAAACAGAAACGUGCCUACAUCCACAGCUCCAGCCGGAGGCUACUGAGGGAGUGAAAGGAGAGAACCAGAUGGCUUACUGCGAGGGGAGCGAACGUCAGCGCGACAAGACGGCAGAUUGUUUGUUUUUAAUCUUCAGCUUUUAAUUCAGGGACCCGGAAUUACGCUCGGUGUAUAGUUGAGUGGAUAAAGACCAAAGUCUGCGCCUUAAUAAGUGCUUACCUUGGCGGCUCGACUACCGAGGCUCAGCGCCGAGUUGGGGAACGAACCACUUGUACAGUUGAGUCGCAACACGAAGCGGGCUACUCGUAGAGCAGAAGGAGCCCCGCGAUGAAGCGCUCGUUGGACCGUUCAGCCUGGGAUAUGAGCGGAGACGGCUUUCUGAAAAACACCCGCUGAGAUGUCAAGGGACGGAUCUGUCUGACGCGGCAGAACACUAUGCUCCCCAAAAUAAGCAAACAGUCCUCUCGUUCCAAUGUAUUCAGCCAGACGCACAAGUUGCCACCGAAUGAUGCCAGUCGAUUGAAUACCAACAAACUGUACCAACAGAAAUUUGGGUCAAAUGUCAGCACAUUACCUCAGCUGGACCCACCUGCCAAGCACACAAUCAUCACAAAUACAAAGACCCAUCAUCAGCUUGACAAUAUCCUCCCUCAAAUACCAAAUAAAGCCAUGACAAAUGGAUAUUUGGCACACCAGGAAGAGCAGCACAGGAGCUUGCAUCAUGUAACAAAAUUGAGCUCAGCUGAGAUCCUGCCAGACUCCAGCAACAAGAGUCAAUUUAACAAGCAAGAGAAGGAGAGGACACUUGAAGGUCAUAGACUGCCGUUGACACCUACAGAAGCCUUGAACCACUUUAGAAGUUGUCUAACGGAGUACGAACAGGAAGAGAUAAUAGACUACACUGAGGUGUGGUUUCUUGGUCAAGAUUCUGAAAAAGUUGAGGGUAUUCCUGGAGGUGGUCACAACUGUGGGUAUGAUGACGAUCAUGGAAGUUAUUUCAAGGUUUUACAUGACCAUAUUGCAUACAGAUUUGAAGUUUUAGAAGUCAUUGGAAAAGGCUCUUUUGGCCAGGUUGUCAAAUGUUUAGACCACAAAACAAACGAGCUUGUUGCUAUUAAGAUAAUCCGCAACAAGAAAAGAUUUCAUCAUCAAGCCCUGGUGGAACUAAAAAUACUUGAUGCACUUCGUAGAAAUGACAAAGAAAAUGCUUACAAUGUCAUACAUAUGAAGGAUUACUUUUAUUUCCGAAAUCACCUCUGUAUUUCUUUUGAACUUUUGGGGCUUAACUUGUAUGAGCUUAUAAAGAAAAACAACUUUCAAGGAUUUAGCAUGGCCCUCAUACGUCGCUUUACCUAUGCCAUACUGAAAUGCCUACAGUUGCUGCACCGUGAGAAGAUCAUCCACUGUGACCUUAAACCAGAAAAUAUUCUACUAUUCCAGAAGGGACAGGGAACAAUUAAAGUGAUUGAUUUUGGAUCAAGCUGCUAUGAACACCAAAGAGUCUAUACAUACAUCCAAAGCAGGUUCUAUCGUUCUCCAGAAGUGAUUCUAGGCCACCCAUAUGGUAUGGCGAUUGAUAUGUGGAGUUUGGGCUGCAUAUUGGCUGAACUAUACUCUGGUUAUCCCCUUUUCCCUGGAGAGAAUGAAGGGGAACAGUUAGCUUGUAUUAUGGAGGUGCUUGGACUUCCACCUGAUGACUUUGUUCAGACGGCAUCAAGAAAACGUUUGUUUUUUGAUUCUAAAGGUUUUCCAAGAAAUGUUACUAACAGCAAGGGCAGAAAAAGGAAACCUAAUUCUAGAGACCUUGCUACUGUUCUGAAAAUAAAUGAUCCUCUAUUCCUUGACUUCUUGAAAGGAUGUCUGAUGUGGGAUCCACUGCAGCGUCUGACACCUGAUGAAGCUAUGCAGCAUGAAUGGAUACAAGAACUACGAACUAACAAAGGUCGUUCUAAAACACGUGCUGCAAGAAAGGGGCCAGAUGAUGUGACUCCAGUUUUUGACAACAGUUUUGACAAACUCUACAGGAAGACCUCAGUGGCCAGAAAAGCUGACAAAGGGCAGUCACACAGUUCUGAAAACUCUAAAAAUGAGAUUAACAUAAAGGAAUCAAAGACUUCACCAAAUGAGAGACCAAGACCUGUUGGAGCAUCAGCAGAAAAGGAAAUCCAAGAGGACAUAGCUGACCAAAAAUCAGGCGAGAAAAAUCUGGGAGAAAGACCAGUGCAAAUCAUCAUUAAAGCUGAAAUAUCUAGUGUUCACCCAGAAUCUGAAUUAAAAGAUCAGUUCUUACCUCCCAUUUAGAGUGAAGUCCUGUGAAAACAUGGAUCAAAAAUUAUAAAACAUCUGACCACAAUAUUGGGUUAUUCAGUUUUCUCAAAAUUACCAAAGUAGAAUAUAAGUGCAAUAUCUUAACCUUGACAUUUUAAAAAGUGAUUUUUUUAUAUUACAGUAAUACUUGACAUUAUGAUGCAAAUAAAAUAUAAUUUGCUAAUUCAGAUUUGUUAAAAAUAUAAACAUAGACUUGAGACACAUUGUAAUGAUAUAUAUGACUUGAAGAUACCGUAGUUUUUCCAAAACAUGUUGAAGGCUAGAAAAAUUUAUUUAGCUGUAAUAUUGUAUCAGUUUAUAAUAGUAAGGGAGCUAUAAAGCUGGUACAUGUAUCAAUCAUUAUUUUAUAAAGUGACUUUCUCAAUAUUUUCCACUCUACAAAAUGUCCCGAGCAAAAAGAUUUUUGUUUUCCACUUAAAGAAUUUGUUGUCAUAAAUUUGUUAUAUUUUUGGUUCCCUUUUUACAAAACUAAGUUAACAUGUAAAGCCCUCUAUUAUAAAAAAAAUCCUGAGACGAGACAAGGCUAUUUCCAAGAGAUUUUUUCAAGUCCUGUGAGACAAGACUUUUGCCAUGACAUUUUUUCAAAUCCCGCCCUCCUCUCAACUAUAUUCAACCAUGCACACAGUCCUCUCACCUCUCAUUUGUGUGAAUGCUUUUGACAGACACAGUUCCUGCUCUCUCAGAUCUUAUAAAUGUUUACGUUUUCCUCACUUUAAGUUCCCAAUUAAAGAAGACUUAUUAUGUCCAAAUCUUAUUGAAGAAUUUCAUCACGAAGGGUUAUCAACAGAAGAAAUGAGUACACAUGCAAUCCUAGCACUGAGAAACGAUGAAGAUAAAUGAAUUAACGUGAAAAUUGUUGAUUGGUUACACGGCAAAUUGGUUAAAUGCAUAUCAAUAGACUUUGCUGAAACAGUUGGUGGUGAUCAUGAGGAAGAUGAAAACAUCAACCUACAAUAUCCCGAAAAAUAUCUACAACCGUUAACACCGUCCGUUCUUCACUCACGGGCAGUUAUAUGUUGUCCAAACACAGAAUCAAAAUGAAAUGCGAUAUUGAUGAAAAUGUAAUUCAAAAAAUUGUUCUUACUGAAGUUUUACAGUAAAACUGUAAGUUUAAAAAGCAUUUGCGUGUUAAUU